AUGCGUCUGCGGACUCAAUACGUAAGCGUCGCUAGCUUUCUGCUAAGUGCAAGCGUUAUCCUGUAUGCCUACCACCUGAAGAGGCAGUUUUACCCUUCUGUCGUCUACAUGACAAAGUCGAACGCGAUCAUGGCUGUAUUUUAUGUUCAAUUUUUCGUGCUGGUAAUGCUUUUGGGGCGCCUUAUCGUUGUCUUACUGUUCGGUCAUUUGCGGUCAUCUGAGAGCGAGCACCUGACGGAACGUGCAUGGUAUGCCGUAACGGAGAUGUGCCUGGCAUUCACGCUCUUCCGAGAUGACUUUAGUCCCCGUUUCGUUUCCCAGUUUACCCAACUGUUAUUUCUAAAAUGUUUUCACUGGCUUUCCGAAGACAGAGUUGAUUACAUGGAGCGUAGUCCGGUUAUUACCGUUCUCUUCCACGUACGAAUGAUGAUUCUUGUUGGAUUAAUGAGUGCUAUCGAUUCGUACUACGUAUCGCAUGCCUAUUUCGUCACGCUUUCCAAGGGCGCUUCUGUUCAAAUCGUAUUCGGCUUUGAGUACGCCAUUCUACUGACGGUUGUUUUCCACAUUUCCAUAAAGUACAUUCUGCAUUCGAUCGAUUUGAGAAAUGUGCAUCCAUGGGAGAACAAAGCCGGUUAUUUGCUUUAUUGUGAACUAGUGAUUGAAUGCUGCCGGGUGAUCCUUUAUUCAGUGUUCAUUGCGGUUAUGAUGAAUCUGCAUACCUUUCCGCUGUUCUCUAUUCGUCCCAUGUACCUUGCUCUGAAAUCAAUGAAAAAGGCGGUAAGUGACGUUAUUUUGUCACGUCGAGCAAUCCGCUACAUGAAUACUCUAUAUCCUGAUGCCACUCUCGAGGAAUUGCAGCAGUCAGACAAUGUCUGCAUCAUUUGUCGUGAAGAGAUGACAACCGGCGCAAAAAAACUACCUUGCAACCACAUCUUCCACGUUUCCUGUUUGAGAUCAUGGUUUCAGGUAACGCGCUAUUCGAUCAUAUUUUAG